CGUCAUCCGCGCGUCAUCUAAAGUUUUUUCGGCGAACAAACCCACGAAACAGAACACACAAGUGCGCGCGUCGCUUACCUGCAGCGCAGUCUCAACAGCCGUCGAAAUAAAAAAGCAAAAAGUACGAAAAAGCCGAGUGAUUUAGGUGCGAAAAAAGUGUAGCUUACAAAGGAAACCAGUUGUGGGAAACCGAAAAGAUUCUGUGAUUUGUGACUAGUGUCAGAGCUUCGAAAAUUUACGUUUCGAUUAAUCAAUCAGAUUCUAGCAUUUAGCCACAACACGAAAAAAUUGUUUCAUUCCUUGUUUUAUCCCCUGUAAUCGUCGUCGUCGUCGUCGCCCGGUACCAGCAGCCCCCUACAAUGCAAUAUUGAGGGGAAGUUGAGCGGAAGAAACGUGAAAGAGAGCAGUGCAAAAUUUGGAGAGUUUUACAGCGGUCCUGUGGCCCCAUAGUUCGGUGUAAAUAAAAGUGCUUAUACAUACACACAGUGCCCCGCCAAUCGGUUGCUGGAUCUUCCGAAAAAAUAGUGCAGAGGCAGUAUAAGCAGAAGCAGAGCGAGGAUCGAAGAUGAAUAAAACCUGUGCUCGUUGCCAGAAGGUGGUGUACCCCAUCGAGGAGCUCAAGUGUCUGGACAAGACAUGGCACAAAACGUGUUUCAGAUGCACAGAAUGCGGCAUGACGCUCAAUAUGAAAACCUACAAGGGCUACAACAAGAUGCCCUACUGCGAGGCGCAUAUACCCAAGGCCAAGGCAACGGCAAUCGCUGAUACGCCCGAAUUGAAGCGCAUUGCGGAGAACACGAAGAUCCAAUCGAAUGUGAAAUACCAUGCGGACUUUGAGAAGGCCAAAGGCAAAUUUACACAGGUGGCCGAUGACCCGGAAACGCUGAGAAUCAAACAAAACACGAAGCACAUAUCGAAUGUGGCAUAUCAUGGGGAUCUGGAGAAGAAGGCAGCCAUGGAGAAGCAGCGCGGCUCCGCUGAGGUCUCCGAUAGCAGCAAUGAAUCGGAAUAUUUCUCUGAGCAAUUGGCAGCUGAACAAUUCUCGCAAUAUGCACCCACAGCCACAUCACCCAUACCGUCAGCAGUAGCAGCCACAGUGCAGCAUCACCAGCAACAGUUGCAGCAGCAGCAGCAACAGCAGCAGCAACAUCACUACCAGCAACAACAACAGCUGAAACACCAACAGCAACAGCAGCAACUGCAACAACAGCAACACCAACAGCAGCAGCAGCCACAACAGCAGCAGGUGAAUCCCUACAACGAGAUGCGCUCGGCCAUACUCCAGAAUUCGCAUCAUCCCAGUGGCAAUGCAGUGGAGCAGGUGGCACAAGUGCAUCCUCAGGUGCAGCAGCAGCAGCAGCAGCACAAUCCCACUACAGUGACAGCAGUAGCUUCAGGGUCACAUCAUAGCCAUUUGAAUAAUAAUCCCAGCAAUGGCGGCACGGUCAACAGCUAUCAUAGCGUCAACAGCAACAACAAUGGAUCCCAACAGAUGCAGAUGCGUCGAUCGGUGGCCAGCGCAAGUGUCUACGAUGGCAGCAGCAACAACAGCGACAUUAGCCAGCAGCAGCAGCAGCAGCAGCAGCUGCAGCAGAUGAGGAGCAAGCACAGCGGAACAGCUGUAGGAGGAGGAGCAGCAGGUGGUUCCGGCUCGGGAUCAGCCAUACAGCAGCUCUAUGCCUCACCCAAUUAUCAAUCGGUGACGCCAUCGGAGAAUGCUCUAAAUGUGGUCAAUGGACACGUGUCCAAUCAUCAGCAAAAGAUGAUGCCCGUUGGCAGCAGCAACAUUGGAAAGAUUGCCGACUAUGAUCCACUGACAGAUGGUCCAAGGGGGGUGCCAGGCUCUGGUAGAUCCACGACAACGCUGGUCUAUAGCUCCGACCCGCAACAGCAGCAGCAGCGAGGUGGCAAUAGUGUGUAUCCCAAGAGGAUUGGCUCUGUGACGGAUAUUGAUCCAGCAAAUGGCAUCUAUGGCUCGUUGAGUGGCGCCGAGCAGGCCCACGCCCAGAAGCAUCAGCAGUACUAUGCACAGGUGCAGAAGAUGCAGCAACAGGAGCAGCAGUUGCAGCUGCAGCAGCAACAAAUACAGCAGCAGCAGAUGCGACAGCAGCCAUCGUAUGAUUCCUCGAUGCAGGCGAAUCAAUCGCGUCAGAACACAGCAACAAAUUCGCGCCUCUAUAAGGCCAUCUAUGACUAUGAGGCGCAGGACGUCGAUGAGGUGAGCUUCCGCGAGGGCGACAUCAUAUACGAGGUGGAGUCCAUCGAUUCUGGUUGGAUGACGGGCCGUGUGGAGCGGACGGGAAAGACCGGCAUGCUGCCCGCCAACUAUGUGGAGCAUGCGGUUAUAUAAUAGGGAAUGUUCUACUACUGCUGCU